CAGCGAGCAAUCAACAAUCUCCACUGACAGCAGCCACGAGAGAUGGCAAGUGAGUGGCAGAGCUUCCAGCAGCGGGUGGACAAGGUGAUUGAGAAAGCCCAGUCCAUGAAUCCUGAAGAGCUGGUCUUCAGGUACAAGGGGCUGCUGUACCCGACACUGCUCAGCUCAGAGCAGACCCUGACCCAGCGUCUAACUUUCCAGGCCAGGAGAGAAGACGUGUUGUUCUCAGCUUAUCCCAAAUGCGGGUUUAAUUGGAUACAUCACAUGCUUUGGGACAUUGUCCAUGCAAAUGACGAAGAAGAACAGAACUAUGCAUUAACCAGAAAGUUUGCAAUGCUGGAGUUUGGAACUCCUGAGAAAUUUGAGGAGAUGAAAAGGCACCCUUCUCCCCGACUCUAUGGAACACACAGUCACUAUGACAACUUGCCAAAGUCUAUUAGUGAGAAGAAAACAAAGAUUCUUGUUUUGCUUCGUAAUCCCAAGGACAAUGCAGUUUCCUAUUAUCACUUCUAUCAGAAUAAUCCUUUACUGCCCUGCUUUCCAUCCUGGGAUGAGUUCUUCAAAAAGUACAUGACAGGAGAAGUUUUCUGGGGCUCCUACUUUGAUCAUGCGUUCAUCUGGAACCAACACAUAGAUGAUGAGAAUGUGAUGUUAGUUACCUUUGAAGAGCUGAAAGAGAAUUUAGAAGAGGGUGUGAAGAAGAUGGCAAUGCACUUUGGUUUCUCUCUGACUGAGGAACAGAUUAAAAAAAUUGCUGGAAGGGGUACCUUCAAGUCCAUGAGUGAAAACUCCCAGAUAACACAUUAUUCAUUUGGCAAAUGUAUCUUCCGAAAAGGUGAAGUUGGAGACUGGAAAAAUCAUUUCACCAAAGAACAGAGCCAAGAAAUGGAUUCAAAGUUUGAGGAGUGCUUGGCAGGCACAAAGCUGGGGGCCAAACUGAAAUAUAACAUCUACUGUAAAGCUUAAACAACAACACUGUGAAAUGAUCAUGAUCGUCAAUGAAGGAUUAAUAUUUCAAAAUAUUUUUUUU